AUGGCAUCAGAAAUCUCCCCCGGUGGACAGGGAAGAUGCCAGCCGCUGUCCACCCCACAUGCAAGGCACACCGAACUCGUCAAGGUGUCGACAUAUUGGACAGGGGCAGGCCGGCAGUAUAAACCGGCAGCUGAAGAGACGAAGCUGAAGAUGAAAGCGGAAAAGGGGGGCGCCUUGCUCCAUCUCCAAAAGACUCACUCACAUUGCACCCGACGCCCACAUAAUGUCACCGAGCACUCGGAGAAAAUAGUCUGA